AUGUCAACAUCCACUUCUCCCCCGCAGCAACUUAAAGAUGAGCUCAAGGUCGCCGAGGCCAAGGCCGUCAACCAGACUAUUGUGCAGCUGCGCUCUCUAGCUGCUGGUGCAGCUGGUGGUCUUUGCGCUGUUGUUGUUGGACACCCGUUCGAUCUCGUCAAGGUCCGCUUGCAGACCGCCGAGAAGGGUAUUUACUCCGGUGCUAUGGAUGUGGUCAAGAGGACAGUCGCUCGUGAGGGAUUGGCUCGUGGUUUGUAUGCUGGUGUCUCUGCCCCGCUCGUUGGAGUAACUCCCAUGUUCGCUGUUAGCUUUUGGGGUUACGAUGUGGGCAAGACGCUCGUGAAUAAGUUCUCCACCGUCCCUGUGAAACACGACACUCCGCAGUACUCCAUCGCCCAGAUCUCUGCUGCCGGAUUCUUCUCAGCCAUUCCCAUGACCCUGAUCACGGCCCCCUUUGAGCGCGUCAAGGUUCUCCUCCAGAUCCAGGGCCAGAAGACUCUUGCGCCCGGUGAGAAGCCCAAGUACGCCGGUGGUAUGGAUGUCGUGCGCCAGUUGUACAAGGAGGGUGGUAUCCGCAGUGUGUUCCGUGGUAGCGCUAUGACUCUGGCUCGUGAUGGUCCUGGUUCGGCUGCUUAUUUCGCUGCGUACGAGUAUAUUAAGCGAUCGCUGACCCCUAAGGAUGCCGAUGGAAAUGUUACCGGCGAGCUUUCUCUCUCUGCCGUUGUGGCUGCUGGUGGUGCUGCCGGUAUUGCUAUGUGGAUUCCUGUCUUCCCUGUUGACACCGUCAAGUCUCGCCUGCAGAGUGCGCCUGGCAAGCCCACUAUCGGUGGUACCAUCCGUGCUAUUUAUGGCAGCGGUGGUUUCAAGGCCUUCUUCCCUGGAUUCGGACCUGCUCUGGCUCGUGCGGUGCCUGCCAACGCUGCCACUUUCCUCGGCGUGGAGCUGGCGCACAAGGGCAUGAAGAAGCUCUUCGAUUAG